CCACUCGCCACUCGGUGCGUACACGUUCGGUGAAAUUUUUCGUUUAUCUCUUAAGUCAUAAAAACGUAAUGGCUGGGAAAUGGGAUUGCGAAACAACAUUGAAAUUUAUAAAACUUUAUAAGUCGCAUCCCUGCUUAUGGGAUUUCUCCUUAGUCGAUUACAAAAACAAGCAAAAACGUGAUGCUGCUUACAUUUCUAUAACGGAAGAAAUGAAUAUUCCUGAUUUUAGUAUUCAAGACACAAAAAAUAAAAUUAAAAAUCUAAGAUCCACGUACUCACAAGAAAUAAAAAAAAUGCAAGAGUCGAUGAACUCUGAAGAGGGUUACAAAAAUGUAUAUAUUUCUAAUAUAAAGUGGCUACAUGAAAUGGAGGAAGUUUUUGCGAAGAAUUUAAAAAAGCAAGUUUUUGAAAACACCAAUCAAACAAAUAAUGAGGUCACAGAAUCUGAAGCCAGUGAAUGUGAGGUCUGGUGGCCAAACGAAACACCAAUAAGCAUAGAAGUACCACCUGCCACACCUACGUGUACCGUUGGGAAAAUUCCAAGAGCGAAAAAGAGGACAAGAGAAAUAGUGAAAGCUAUUUCUAGUCUAAAGAAGGAAGUAAAUUGUGCUAAUAAUUCUGAAGUAGAUACACAGUGGGAUGCGUUUGGGAAGAGUGUUGCGAUGCAGCUCAAAAAUAUGUCGGUCGAUAACGCCCUAUUAGCCCAAUGUCAGCUUCAAUCUAUUCUGACUGAAUUCGGGGUGAAAGACCACAGAGAAAAAGUUGCGUUGGGUUCUGUUACCUCCAAAAAACAUUGUGUUACUUAAUUAAAUUUUAUUGCUUCACUAUUUGAUCUCUUGUAGCCUGUAGGUAGAGUAUAGUAUG